UUUGUAAAUGUUAAUCUCAGCUCAUUAACAUUAACCACUGGGAUUCUUUUUCUCUCUGCGAAUCAACAAUGCAGUCUUGUGAGAGGGCUUUUGACGGAUUGUGCAUGAACAGAGAUCUUGGGGAGCUGAGCACAAGGAGAAAGAAAAUCAGAGAAAUGCUGAUCCACAGGAUAAAGGUGAUUUUCUCUCCACGUUGUUGGCAACAUCUACGCCUGUCAGUGGGACCUGAUGUAAGAUUCGUGGGAAGGGUCAAAAAGCAGAGGCAUCCCUUCAUGAGGAGCCCAGAGGUAGUGAGACACUAAGACCCAGUGGAGAGCAGGAAGGCUGGGUGCUGCUUGCUCACCCGCCGCCUGCCUGUCUGCUCCGCACGGUUCUGCAGUUGCCCUGGGCGCAUGCCGGAGACAGUGCAUGUGUGCAUGGAAAUGUGGUGUAUCCAAUCUUUGUGCAUCAUAGGCUUGAAGACAGGCACCCUCUCCUCAUUUUGUUCUUUACGCCAUCUCUCCCUUCUGCUCCUUCUCUCCCACCUGAAUCGAAGACCUGGCUAGAAGACAGCUGAGAGGAGGGAGGUGUGUGUUUCUGGUGGGAUGGGGAUGGUUAGCUUGGUUGGGUGUGAGUUGAUGACAAGAUGAAAGGGGCCAGGUGAGGAGGAGACACAAGAGUGCCCCUCUCUCUCCUCUCUCUCUCUCGCUCUCUCUCUCUCUCUCUCUCUCUCUCUCUCUCUCUCUCUAUCUCUCUCUGUGAUGUGGUGUGUCAGUGUGUUUGCUGUGAGUGGGGGAGAGAAAGCAAAACAGGUUGGCUCUCCUUCUGUAGACUGUGAACCUGCAGAGGAGGAAGCAGCCCUCUCCAGACUGAGAGCUUUCAAACUGAAGGUCAUCUUGGAGAGAGCAGGACGGCUUCACUUAAAGUUACAAGGAAUUUUGUGAAAACUCCUGUGAUUGUCUGCAGAGAUCCAGGCUAAAGUCUACCAGGUAUCAGGUCCUCUACAGCCCCAGGUGCCAUGCCAUACACCACCGCCUGAGCUUCUCAGAUACACCCUAUGACAGGGGAGGAUGGGUGAUGGGUCUGUGAAAUUUAGCGGACUCUCUCCUCCUAAUUCCAUCCUCUCAUGGAGCGCCCUGUCACAUCGAGCCCCUCCUGGAACAUUUCUUUCUCCGGCCUCCCCAUAUUUUCAGCCUCACUGCACCCGAAUAUUUCUAACGUGACCCCACCCGUUGCAAGCAUCAGAGGUGGGGUGGAUCUGAACAAGUCUUUGGCACUGUGUGCUAUGCUCAUCAUUGAUGUGUUAACAGUGGUGGGGAACUUGGCUGUGAUGAUUGUUAUCACUAAAACUCAGCAGCUGCGCAAGUUUGCCUUCGUUUUCCACCUGUGUCUGGUGGACCUGCUGGCAGCGCUGGUGUUGAUGCCUCUGGGGAUGCUGUCAGACCAAAUCCUUGUGGACGAGGCGCUGUGUCGGAGCUACCUCUGCUUGAGUGUGUGUCUAGUGAGCGCUGCCAUCCUCACCAUCUGUGCCAUCAACGUGGAGCGCUACUACUAUAUCGUCCACCCCAUGCGUCAUGAGGUGAAGAUGACAGUUGGGGUGGCGGUGAUGGUACUAGUGGGAAUCUGGAUUAAAGCCAUUGUCAUGUCAGUGCUGCCUCUCCUGGGAUGGUUGCUCCAGGGGAACCAGGGUGUGGGGACUCCUUCGGUCCUCAUUCAGGGUCACAGACACUGCUCCCUCCACUGGACGGGAGGCCGAACCACACGGCUGCUUUUCAUUGUCUUCUUUACAUUUAUCUAUUUUCUGUGCCCCGUGCUGCUCAUUCUGGUGGUCUACUGCAACAUGUUCAAGGUGGCACGGGUAGCAGCCAUGCAGCACGGCCCACUUCCCACUUGGAUGGACACACCGCAACAACGGUCCGAGUCUAUCAGCAGCCACUCCACUAUGGCGACCAGCCUUGGUGGAACUGGUGCCCGCACUACCCCUCAGAGGACCUUCAGCGGUGGGAAGGCUGCGGUGGUCCUGGUGGCAGUGGGAGGACAAUUCCUCUGCUGCUGGCUGCCAUAUUUCUCCUUUCAUCUCUACUCGGCUGUGGUUUCUAUUGCUCCCACGUCUCUGGCCCAGCUGGAGGAUGUGGUCACAUGGAUAGGCUAUUUCUGCUUCACCUCCAAUCCCUUCUUCUAUGGCUGCCUGAACCGGCAGAUUCGCGAGGAGCUGGGCCGACACCUGGCUUGCCUCUUCAAGCGGGCCGGGCCCAGCCAAGGGGAGCAGCUGCCCAGCCGUGAGGCCUCUAUUGAGGAGAACUUUUUGCAGUUCCUUCAGGGCACUGGAUGCAAUCUGGAGCCCUGCAACUCUCAUAGCAGAGCCAGCCCAGAAGAGCCAGAGACUGAGGGCCUUCAGGAAUCAGCUGUUCAGCAGAACACGCCAGCUGACUUCCACAUCCCAGGGCAGAUCCUUGAGGAAACCUCAGAGUUCAUACAGCGGCAACAACUGAACAAUAAGCUACAUGUAUCAGAGAACUACUGCAAAACAGUACCAGAAGUGUAACUGCCUCUUAUUUAAUGUCUCUUUUUCAUCUACGUAUAAUAAUCCAAUAAAUAUACAGUAUUUAGUUUUAUUCAUAUUUUCCAAAAUUUGUUGAAUGAAUACAUCUGUUGUUCCUGCUACAACAGUGCUUUAAAGAUCAAAAUACAGUGAACUCCAAAACAUGGAGACAUCUUUGAAAAGUUUAAGUUGUGUUUCAGAGAAAGACAAAGU